ACCGGAUCAGGGCUUCAGGGCUCAGGCUCAGGGCGGCUUAGUCAACACGCCCCCAUCGAGUCCCCCCUUCAAGAACUUCUCGCUUUCUUCCUCUUCUCCUCCUCGCUCUCUCACAUUCUCUCAUCUCUCUUCUCCCAUCCCAUCCUAGGCUCGUUCUAUCACCUAUCUGCUUUCUUGUUUCCAUCAAUUCCAUCGUCUAUCUUUCCCUUCUGACUGAAUACUCUGUGUUGGUGUCCACAACACCGUCACGCCCCGUUACUGUGACUUGGUUCCCGUGUUUGUUUGCCCAACCCUGCACCAGGAAAAUCGCAACGCCCUGUGGCGACUUACCUCGGCUUGGCGAUUUUUACCGCCAUCGCCCUCUGUCCCUCUGUCCGCCAACACGCCUAGAAGCCACUUGAUCUAGCUUUAUUCUCCGCCGUCUAUUAUUACCUCCGCUGUGAAAAUAUACCUAGAUAGUUAUUAUCGUGCGGUCUCUACUACGACAGCCAUCGACCUUGCUUUGGCUUCGUGCCUCGUCUCCUCUCCCCUCCGGUAAUUUUGUUGACAUUCACGGCCUCUUCCGCGUCCUUCAGGUCAAGAUGACGAUUUACCUCUUAUGACAAUAACUUUUUGACGGGCAUUUCCCUUGCUCCUCAAUAGUCUUCCAGAGGACAACAAAGCAUCAACUCGACAUUGCCCGGUUUAACUUCACAUUAUCAGCAAUCAUCUAGGUCGCGCAUCACUUUUCCUUAUUGCAAUCUGGGAGGCCUUUCGAUUUUUUUUCUCGUCGUUUUUCUCACUACCAUUUACGAUACGCCCUACGUUGAUUUGCUCUUGUUUCUUUAAAUUGGGACUUGAUUAAAAUACUUCAGCAUCCGAUCGGAAGGAACCCGCGCCUCUUGUGGUAGUCAGCUAUGAUCGGUGCCCUAACCAAGAUGUUGCGUUUAUCCAACACACCGGGCGCUCCCACAAGCGAUGGUGAGGAGAUUUCUGCCGACGCAGACGAACCACCAGACGAUCGAAAACUUAAACUGUACUCGAAUUUGCAGAAUAAUGCAUCUCAACCAUAUGCCAAGGCGAAACUUAUCAUUCCAGAUGCAAAGAAAGAAUCACUGCUUACCCGAGCUCUGCUCAGCAGUCCCGAACCUUCACCUAUUGAUUCCCCACAUCAGGCUUCACAUUCGAAUGACUUGAAUAGAAAUUACCCGCCUUCGACCUAUAGCAACAUCAGCGGACCUUCGACGGCAGAAUUGACCAGCGAUGGGGAAACCAAAACACCACCUCGGCCUGAGUCACCAAGCCCACCCAUUCCCUCCGCCUUUACCCAUAUGGCCCCCACAACCCAGGGGCGUUUGCAAUUUAAGGCUCUUAUAGCCCCUCCUACCGACACUCCCGGUUCGGAAAUCGAAGCCAAUCUCGGACGGAAGCGCCUGAUAACAUUUGCUUGUGGACAGAAAUUUGACGAAGAGACGAAAGCUUCCAGCGAACCAAUGAAGGAUACAAACCAUGGGCCCAAACGUAAAUCCAUGCUGACUUUCGUUUGUCCUUCACGGCUGGCCGGCGAUAGUGAGGGCAACCUUGAACGAACAAACCAUCGCAAAGAUUCUUUAAGCCAACGAAAUGGAAACUCGCCUCUCUCUCUACGCAAGUUCAGUUCCGACUCCUCAUCGUCGUCACAGGAUAAGCCCGAUAGAAGCGACCCUCCUUCAAAGAAUGCACAGUGUGCUCCUCGUGUUGCGGGCCUUGGUGGGUUUGAACUUUCCGAUGCUACUCGUUUUCACGAAUUCGGGAGUUCUUUGGAAGACGAUGAUUGGGUAAACCAAAGGACGGAUUAUAAGGACAAAAUGACGCUGAAUGAUUGCAUGAAGAAGGAGCUUGCGAUUAGAAAACUUGGCGAGGAAGCGGAAGAAGAAGCCCGACAAGACGAGGAGGAUGCGGAAAAUGACGAAGACGAUGAUGAUGACGAUGAUGACGAUGACGACGAUGACGACGAUAACGACGAUGAUGAUGAUGGGGACGAUGGGGACGAUGGGGACGAUGGAGAUGAUUCUACACUACAGGAUGGUUUUUCGGACGCUGGCAACGAGAGCGACAAUGAGGCCGGGUUUGCAGACUCUGACGAAAGUGAUAACGAAUCGGAAUACGAAUUCUGGGCCCCGUCGAUGGCAACCGCAGCUACAAGCGUUGACAAUGUCGAUUUCACUCGCCAAGAUCCUGGACGACGAGGUUCACAUUCUUCGAUUGAGUCUUCAGAGGAACGUGAGAACGACCGCGAAAAAAUGCCACCCCCUCCGCAACCCAGGCCCUGCCAAAGACGCCGUCGGUCGGGCAAACUCCAGAAGCAUCGCCCUGGCACACCAAACCUUCCUGAUAGCACCGACUUCGUAUGCGGAACCUUUGACGAGGACCGUCCGUUGGAAGCGGCGUAUAUUUCCUGCAUGGAAGAGCGUCGCCGGGCAAAACAUAUCCUUAUUCCGCAGGACAUUGACCCAAGUUUCCCCACCACAGACCCCGAGGAUGAAGAUGGAGACGAUGAUGACAAUGACGAUGACAAUAAUGACACCAUCGAAAACCUAGAUACGUAUGACUCCGAAGGUCUUCGUGGAAGGCAGAAAGCCAGCAGCCGUAAGACCAGUCCAAGUCGCUCUCCAAAACGCCUUCAGUCGCCGCCUCCUCCUCGGCGAGUCUAUGGGAAUUCUCCGCGACGUCUACGAUCGCCGCCGCCAACCAUGAGAUUGAAAUCUCCUACCCUGUCGCGUCAUCCUCCUCUCGCCACUGCAGCCCUCCACCCUGUCGGCAUGAACAUCACUGGCCUUUCACAGAGGACCAACCGGCGCCGUACCAGGUCGCUCCCUCGCACCCCGAAUCCCUUCUUCGCUCGCCUAGAACGCCGUCGAUUGUCGAAGGCAAUGCAUAAUAUAACCAGCACUAGUGAUUCCAGCAGCCACGACAUGCACACCCGCGGACCCAUCGAUAUUGUUGUAGGUCUCGAAAAGAAACGCCAGAAGCGGAAAGAAAAAUUCUGGCGCCAGCACUGCCGGAAAGCUGCAAAGGAAAGUCUUGAGCGCAGACCCUUACCCGGUAAAGGUGCCGAACGCAUGAAAGAACUUGGACUCGAAGCCGCGGAACGCUUUAAGGCGUAUGGCGUUGGCGUUGGACAAGGUGCUCAUCUUGUGCUUUCGAUAUAAAAUUUAUCCAUGCUGCAUUCGUGUCGUUAUUUUAUUUUCCACCCAAAAAGCCCCUAUUCAAGAGCAUACUUUUUGAUUUUGUAUUUAUGCUGUUUAAAGACAGUUUUCGUAAAAUUUGUUUUUAGCUUUUCUUGCGUUACUCUUUCGUCUGUAUAUACCUUUAUUUUAUACUCACUACUGUUCUUUUUUAUAUAUAUCGUUUUCGAUAUCCCCUACAUCCGGUACAUAUUUUACGAAAGAUCAUACUCGUUUACGAUUUGAUUUUUUUUCGAAACAUGAUUGAUUCCCCUCACGCUAUCAUGUUUUUAUUCUGCCUGGGAAGUACUCUUGUAUACCUAUUUCCAUAUCUCUAGCUUACUCUACAACUAUUAGACUAGAAAGGGAAAGGCUUUCAUUAUUUCUGAUGCAUUUCGCGCGGCCGUCUUAACUUCGUUUAUUACGCCCCCUUUCUGUUGUUGUUAUUGCGUAACGAGAUCAUGAACUUAGCUUUAUCUUUGCAUUUUUCAUUCACUACGUUCGUUACGUUUUUUUUUAUAUAUUUUCUUUUUAUAUGUUCAUUUUCUACUUGUACUUGGCGGAUGUACUCAUUAAAGGCUGUCUUCUUUUGAGUCGAAGAAAAGGCAUCUAAAAGAUUAAGGGUCAGGCACCUAAGAAUAUCAAAUAAUCGCUGAUCAGGUGUUGCUUUUGACAUCUAUAGAUAUGAACUUUUCCAAUAUAUAGUGUUUGGAAAUGCAUGCGCUUCAUAAAGCCAAGACCAAUCGUAUAUACUGCCAACAUUCCCUGCUGCUCAAUCCACACUAGCCCCAAUAAGCAUUUCAAGCGAGAUCCGCGGCUCAUGCAGUUAUCACGUG